AUGCCCGUUCCGUUCGAGACUCUACUGCCCUAUGCCAUUAUGAUUGGCAUGUUUGGUGUCACAGGGACCGGCCUUGCCGUCGUCAAGACGUGGCGUAACGAGGGCAAGCGACCACGAUACUCACUGGACCAGUGGGACAGAACUAACCCAUUCUUUUCAAGUGAUGGACCGCGAUCGCAGACUUACUGGCACGUUGCGAGGGCAGACAGACAAGCCAGAAGCACCACCGGGGUUCGAAUUCUCAAAUGGUUGGAAGCUGGAAAAGCGCUUCAGCUAGGGACCAUUUUAAACCCAGACGAUGGAAUAAUCGAGGGCAAACAUCAAUCAACAGUGUAUAUAUACGGCCUGACAAAUGGCCAAUCCUGGCGUUGA